AUGAAUAACAUUAUUCAAAUCUCAGAUGAUGAGCAAUAUGCAGAAGUACUCCAACUUCAAGAAGCCCUGACUCACUCUUCUUUAACCGAAGACGAGUCGUCGUUAACUCUUUUGACAUCCUCAUCAUCGUCGUCGGUUAUGGAAUCCACGGAGAGCAAAAACAACUACUGUGGCAUUUGCAUGGAUAGCAAAAAUGCAUCAGAAAUAUUCAAAAACACAAACAUUUGCAGUCAUAUGUAUUGUACAGAAUGCAUUAGGAGCCACGUCGCUACUAAAAUAAAAGAAAACAACUUAACAACCGUAACGUGUCCUGACCCUAAUUGCAAAAGUAUAAUAGGACCUGAAGUCUGUAAAGACAUUCUACCAAAACAAGUAUUGGAAAAGUGGGAGGACGGUCUAUGCGAGUCUCUGAUCAUGGCGACCGAGAAGUUCUACUGUCCGUUUAAGGACUGUUCUGCCAUAUUAGUGAAUGAUGGAGGAUCAGUUGUGACAUCUUCGGAAUGCCCUGUUUGUAACCGUCUGUUUUGUGCACAGUGUAGAGUGGCAUGGCAUUGUGGGUUGGAUUGUAACGAGUAUAUGAGUUUGAAUGAAAACGAGCGAGAUCCAAGUGAUCUUAUGUUGAUGGAUCUUGCAAAAAGCAACAAGUGGAAGAGGUGCCCUAACUGUAACUAUAUUGUUGAGAGAACCUCUGGCUGUCCGCAUAUUUCUUGCAGGUGCGGGCAUCAUUUUUGCUAUCAGUGUGGCAAGGAGUGUAAUGGAAAUGGACGUCAUACUUGUUCUCAAACCUGA